ACUCGCGCGUCACAACUGCAUGUCAAUAUCAUCUGUCUAUUCGUUGCCGAGUGUUUCAGUCUUGGCGAUUACGAUCUAAACAAUACCCUAACCUGGCAUAUUUCGUUUCGUUAGACGUGGCAAAACUACACGUAUUUGCAACAAGAAACAAACAUGUUUUCUGGAUUUACAAACCAGAUGAGCUCAAUCUCCUCAUGGAUUGGGGCAAAAAAAGCAGGUGCUCCAUCAGAGGAGACAAGCCCUCAGAACCCUGAGGAACCUGUUGUUGCUGAAGCAGUUGCUUCGAGCCCAGUAACUUCUGGUAGUGUUGAUGGAGGUAUGCAAGAACCAGAACAGCCCAAAGGAGAUCUGUUUAGUAGCAUGAAGAAUCAGAUGAGUAGCUGGUUGUCCAAGAAGGAAAACAGUGACCAGCCAGAAGAACCAAAGGAGCCACUUACAGAUGAACCUAUCGUAGUUGAAGCAGAGACUACCAAUCCUGAUGAGGCUGGGGAAAAUGAAGGAGAAAAAGAAGGUUUUGGCUCAGGCUUAGAAGAAGUUUCCAAAAAGACAAUGCAAGGUGCUCGAACGAUUGGAAGUUUCUUUGCUUCUGCCGUGAGCAAGGCCGGCAAAACUGUGACCGAAGCUGGCGCCAAAAUCAAGAAAACCGUGGAAGAGACUACCAUCCUCAGCGAGUUCAAUAAAGAACAAGAAGCCUUCAUCAAAAGCAAAAAUAAAAUAGAAGGAUCCAUCCCCCCAUGGGUUGGUUAUCCUGAAGAAGAAGCUCUUAAGGCCGAAAUCCUUUCACUCUCGACUGAUCGACGCAAUUUCGUAAGAAGCCCACCUGCUGGCGUGGAGUUUCAGUUUGACUAUGAUUCAUUCUACCCGAUUGCGUUAGCAACGCUAGCCGAAGACCCGAACCUGGAAACAAUGCGUUUUGAGCUGGUUCCAAAAAUCAUCAAAGAGGAACUGUUUUGGCGCAACUAUUUCUACCGGGUCAGCCUUUUAAGGCAGUCAACGGAAUUGUCGUCAAUGACUCAGGGAGAAGGCAACAGGGAUUCAGCCAAUCAUUCGCGUGAAUCAAGCUUCGACGAGGAUGACAAAACAGAGGGUGCUGACACACCUGAUUCUCCGACGAACGAGUUCGUGUCUGAUUCAUAUCAAAGCAACACGCUGUCCAAAGACCUAAAAGAAGUGCAGGAGGGCAUCAAGCGUCUGGGAACCAAGAAAGCGAACGAUGAGGAAUGGGAAAAGGAGUUACAGGCCGAGCUUCAGGAUUACGAGCUCGGCAGCGAAGGAUCUGGACAGACAGGUGGCGCUGACGCUGAUGAUAUUGAAGAAAUGUUGGACGCAGAGGAGUCACAUGGGGAUCUAAAGUAGUGCGUGUGUCAUGCAGGAUCGUAUUACCCGUUACCCCGCAUCAACCUGGACGUUCCUUGCACAGUAGUUGAUGUAAUUUUUUUUUCUUUUUUUAAGUUCAUUUCUAUCUUAACUCUUUCGAAACGAUUAUUCGGUUUUCAUUACAAACCAAAUAGUCGAUGUAUGCAAUCCGGUUCAUGUAUCUCUGCCCAUCUAAGGCGAUCCCCUUACCACGUAACAUUGUUCCUGUAGCUGCUGCCAACUAGGAAAACCAGUUAUUUUCUCCCCGGUAUUAUUUUUUUCUUUUUGCUAAAUUUAAGUUUUUUCUGAAAUUUUUUCUUCUACACACGAGCGUUCUCCGUUUUUUUAUUAUGUGUGUGUUUUCUAGCAUUCCGAUUAUCGUUACAGAAUGUUUGCACAGCCGUUUCUUUCGUGAUUCGUAAUUCGUUUGAAGAUCCCCCACGUUAGCCACAGUCAAAAGAAUUCUUGGGUCUCAUUGUUUUCUGCAAGUGGUAGGCUGGACUGUUGGAUUUCAUUUUCGUUCUUUCGUUUUCUUGCCCUUUUUUUUACAAUCGGAUUUACGUUCCUCGCAGUUUGUUUCUGUUUUCGAAAGUGAGUUAGAAGUCUGUGUUAGCUAAAGAAAGAACGAAUGCAUUGGUUUUGUUUUGUUUUUGGCGUUUUUUUUCCGUUGAUGUACGUUCUUGUCUUCGCCCUUUUUGAAUGUUAGUGUUUUUGCACCGUCGAAACAAAAAGAAACCAUCGCCGAGUUUUUCAAGCUAUUGGAAGUGAUUGGCAGCAAGAAAUCUUUAUUAUCUGUAUAUAAUUAAACUAAACGGUAAUUGGUGUUUACACACCAUCGCCAUGGCAAGAUAUUAAGAGCGAACUUGGAAAAGAGGGCGUUGACCUUCAACAACAUCAGUCUACAACAAACUUCUUUCCGUUUUGCUGUGUUUUUUCGCUUUGAACAGAGCAACAGAAUUCUCAUGAUUGGAAAGCAAAAUUUUACGUGUUACCUUCUAAUUAUAAACCUUUUCACUCCUCUUUCUCUCUUUUUGAUUGUAAUAUUUCUAUGUGUGUACACUCGUUUGUUAAUCGUUUCGUUUUUAUUAUCCCCCUUUCGGAUAUGAUGUUCUCAUGAAUAUACGGUUGUAUAAGCGUUAA